GUGUCUCCCCUCUUAUCUUUUUUUUAUUUAAAAAAAAACACACACUGAUCCAUUCCAAUCUAUAAAUCAGACAGAGCCACCCCGUCCUGACCCUUCUUUCUUUCCUCUGUAGCCCCGAAUUAACCACCCUCUCUUUAUCUCUUCGACGUUUUCUCUUGCUCAUGUUCUUUCCAUUUCUGUUUAUAAUAUAGCUAAUCCACGCCACUUUACCCGGUUGAGACAGUCUUUCCUUCCUUAAGCUGGAAUUGUACAGUUAAGCAGCCAAAGGGGGACUUUUGUUCUUAGGGAAAAAGGCGAAAAAAAAAGAAAGUGAAGAUGAAUCACUGUGCGAUCCAACAAAACGCCUUCUCAACCCGGGAAGAGAUUCGGAACUCCGUCUCAAUUCCAAUCUCGGAGCGGAGAGACCCGGUGGUUUGUCCCAAACCCAGACGCCUUGGUCUGCUGAACGACCACCCUGCCAGGUCUCUCAGAUUUCAGCUCAGCCAUCAAUCAGAGCUUUGUGAUUCAAUAGCAGGGACUGAUUUUUUGGAAAUCAUCCUCGCAAAGGGUUGUUAUGGCAUGGAUAAUCAAUCUUUUUGCACACAAGUAUCCUCGUCGCCGCCCCCAUUUUUUUGUGGGUCGCCGCCGAGCAGAGUAGCUAACCCAUUAAUUCAAGAUGCUAGAUUUGGGAAUGAGAAAUUCUCCCCCUUUUCACCUGUCACGCCUAUUCCACCGCAGAUGGACUUAUCAUCAUCAUCAUCAUCUCCAAGGAAAGGAGGAUUGGUUCGAUCAAGUUUUGGAAGCAAACCAGUGGUGAGAAUUGAGGGCUUUGACUGCCUUGACAGGGAUUGUAGAAAUUGCAGCGUUCCUGCUUUGGCUUAAGAACCCCGUUUCCCCUCGAAAUACGUAGUUCAAAAAAAGAAGCUAAAACAGAUCAUUUUGGUACGUAGUUAUGAGAGGGAUUUUGGGAUUCUCAUGAAAGGCAAACUGAGGGAUCUUUUGCCAGUGUAAAUAAUGUUUAAAGGGUUUUUUUGUAUGUCAAAAAUAUGAUGCAUCUUUGUAAGUAAAAUGAGCUGACAAGAAUAAUGAGGGGUUUUUUUAGACUUUACUGCUUAGGAAGGAGGUCAUGGGUCGAUUGUUAUCUGUCCUCUGUAUUGCUGUAAGAAACGAGUCUCAAAGCGAGAAUCGGAUUUUUUUCCUUUCUUUUUACAUCCUUGUAUUUCAAUGAGCGGAUUAUGCAGGGCAAUUUGUACAAAAUCGAGUUGUGCAGAGUAUGUUACAAGAUAGUAAAUUUGCAAAUUACAAUGUAAAUACACCUUUGCUUUGA